AGCUUGGGUGCCAGAUUGCUGUUACCACACCAAAAUGUAGUAUGCAGAGAAAAAAACUAACAGGUGAAUUUGGAACUUUCGAGGCUUCAUGUGUGCAUUGUAUGAAAGUGAUGCAAAAUGGGUAGCAAGAAGUCGUUUGAGUGUACACACUGCAGCAAGAUACUAACUUCAAAGCGGAACUUGCAGCUACAUGAAAGAAUCCACACAGCUGAAAAGCCAUUUGAAUGUUCACUUUGUGACAGAAAAUUCAUUAGUACGGGAAAGCUCAGUGACCACUUGAAGACACACAAAGGUGAAAGACCUUUUCAGUGCUCAUAUUGCGAGAAAAGCUUUUUUUUAAGACAUCAGUUGACAACACAUGAAAGAAGACAUACAAGUGAAUAUCUGUGUUCCUAUUGUGAGAAGAUAUACAGUAAUAAAUUUGCUUUACAGGAACAUGAGAGAAGUCAUUUAAAUGAAAGGAAAUAUAGCUGCCCACAGUGUGAAAAGAAAUUUAUGAGCAGUUCUGCCUUAAGUCGUCAUAAGAGAUGUCAUGAUGACAAGAAAAAGAUUGAAUGUUCAUUAUGCCCUAAGAAAUUUUUAACAAAGUCUGACUUAAAAAGACAUAUAGCAAUCCAUACGGGUGAAAAACCAUUUCAGUGCACAUACUGUCAAAUGAAAUUCAGUUGUAGAUCAAACUGCAGAACCCACGAACGAAUUCACACCAGGACUCAGCAAAACAUUAUCAUUCCCACAGCUGAAAAAAAAGCAGAAUGUACAGAAAUCUUUCAAGAGAAAUUACAAUGUGCAAAUGUUUCAGAUCAAUUGUUAUCUAAACUUUAUGAAGAAGAGAAAAAGCCUCCCAAGGUUACACAGGAGCAUGAAACAUCCUCUUCUUCCCAGCCUGCUUUGGAAGGUUCUCUCACAAAAGAUGAGCAUCCUAAAGAGAACUCUAGUUCAAGGACAGAGGCAGAUGCAAAGCCUUUUCAGUGUUCUUAUUGUGAAAACACUUUCAGUUCGAAGGGAAACAUGGUACAGCAUGAGAGAAGGAUACAUACCAAUGACAAACCUUUUGAAUGUCCACACUGUGAAAAGAGAUUCAUAACCAGAUAUGAGUUAAAAUUCCAUAAGUUGAAAGUUCACUCCGAGAGGCAUUUUGUUUGCCCAUACUGUAAUUACAAAUUCCAGAGUAAAGCCAACCUAGAUCGACAUAUAAGAAUUAAUACUCAAGAAAAGCAUAUCAGUUGUUCUUAUUGCAGUGAAAAUUUUGAAGCAGACUGUGCUCUCAAAGAACAUGCAGAAAUUCACAUAACUUGUAAAGUAUUUAGCUGUCAGCAGUGUAAUGCAGAGUUCACAGCUAAAUCUCUGCUAAGAAAGCAUGUAGAAAUUCAUGCAAGUAAUGACCAUCUGAAGUGUGAAGAGGAGCCUGCCAGUCCGACUAUUGUGAAAGACUCUGGAGAGGAGGAAGCCUGUAAUGACAACAUAGAUGAGCAGAGGUUUUGUCUUCUAAAUGGAGGUGCCCUGAAGGAGGACAGGUCAUUACGUUCACUUGAGGUACAAAGAGGGGAAUCUCCCACAGCAGAUGGUCAUUAUCAAAAUGGUACAAGUUCAAAUUCAGAGACACAUAUAGGGGGAAAACUAUAUGGAUGCAUGGAGUGUAAAAAAUAUUUUAAAUCAAAAUCCGGUUUAAGAAAGCAUGAAAGUAUACACUCUGGUAAGAAAGGUUUCCAGUGUUCACAAUGUGGAAAAAAGUGCAUCUCUAGGGUAAUGUUGAAAACACACCAGAAUGUUCAUACCGAGAAGAAGGUAUUUGUUUGUCGUUAUUGUAAUGGGGAAUUUGCCACAGAAAAAACUCUCAAACAACAUAUAUCAUUGUAUACUGCAGAAAAAAACUAUAAAUGUCCUCAUUGUGAUAAAGUAUUUGAAGCAAAGUGCAUUCUUAGAGAACAUGUGAGAAAUAAAGGCUGUGAUAAGAAGCUUAACCUGGAUACUUUAAUUCACACAAAAAAACAGGAAACAAAAUCAUCACUUACAACUCUUUUGAGGAGGAUUCGAAAGAGCAGGCCACAGGAAGAGAUGAGCAAAGAAAGAGCUGACCUGAAAUGUCUUCCACUAAGAGGGGAAAAUUCCCCAGCAGUAGAUUCAUUGAAGAAUGAAGAGUCUCCUCCUCCCCCAGUAGUACAAGAUAUAUGUCUUGCUAGGGAUUGGCACUGUCCUGAGAACUGUAGUUUACAUGCUAGCAUAGAGGCACGUGAAAUUAUAUUUAAAUGUUCUCAUUGUGAAGAAAAAUUUAGAGUUGAGAAUGACUUAGUCCUACAUGAAAAGACACAUACCAAAGAUACAGCUUUCCAGUGUUCACAGUGUGACCACAAAUUUGGUUCAGAGAAUGACUUGGUGCAACAUGCAGAAACACAUAAGCAUAAAGGUUUCCGGUGUUCACAGUGUGAUUGUAUAUUUCCUUCAGAAGAAGAGCACACACAGUGCAAAGGGAAGGUAUCCCUUGCUUCUCUUUUAAGAAGACACCGGAAGAGCUCACAGAGGGAAGAAGUAGAGGUAACAGACCAAGUGGAUCUUCCUCAAGUUACUGAAAAUCCCCCAAUUUGUCCUACUAUGGAUUGCCACAUGCCACUGGAAGAAAUUAAUGAAGAAAUAACAGACCUGAAAUGUCUUCCACAAAUAGGGGAAAACUCCCCAGCAGUAGAUUCAUUGAUGGGAGAAGAGUCCCUUCCUCUCCCAGGUAAACAAGAUGAAUAUCAAGCUAAGGACUGUCACUGUCCCGAGAACUGUAGUUUACAUGCCAGUGCAGAGAUGCAUGAAAUUCUCCUUGGAUGUUCUCAUUGUGAGGAGAAAUUCAGAGUUAAGAAUGACUUAAUCCUACAUGAAAAGACACAUACCAAAGAUAUAGCUUUCCAGUGUUCACAGUGUGACCACAAAUUUGUUUCAGAGAAUGACUUUGUGCAACAUAAAAAAACACACAAGGAUAAAGAUUUCUGUUCACAGUGUGAUUGUAUAUUUCCUUCAGAAGAAGAGCACACACAGUGCAAAGGGAAGGUAUCCCUUACUUCUGUUUUAAGAAGACACAGGAAGAGCUCACAGAGGGAAGAAGUAGAGGUAACAGACCAAGUGGAUCUUCCUCAAGUUACUGAAAAUCCCCCAAUUUGUCCUACUAUGAAUUGCCACAUGCCACUGGAAGAAAUUAAUGAAGAAAUAACAGACCUGAAAUGUCUUCCACAAAUAGGGGAAAACUCCCCAGCAGUAGAUUCAUUGAUGGGAGAAGAGUCCCUUCCUCUCCCAGAUAAACAAGAUGAAUGUCAAGCUAAGGAUUGUCACUGUCCCGAGAACUGCAAUUUACAUGCCAGUGCAGAGAUGUGUGAAAUUCUCCUUGGAUGUUCUCAUUGUGAGGAGAGAUUCAGAGUUAAGAACGACUUAAUCCUACAUGAAAAGACACAUACCAAAGAUAUAGCUUUCCAGUGUUCACAGUGUAGCCACAAAUUUAGUUCAGAGAAUGACUUUGUGCAACAUAAAAAAACACAUAAGGAUAAAGGUUUCUGGUGUUCACAGUGUGAUUUUAUAUUUCCUUCAGAAGAAGAGCACACACAGUGCAAAGGGAAGGUAGCCCAUACUUCUCUUUUAAGAAGACACUGGAAGAGCUCACAGAGGGAAGAAGUAGAAGUAACAGACCAAGUGGAUCUUCCUCAAGUUACUGAAAAUCCCCCAAAAGAUUCAUUACAAGCAUUGUGUCCUGCUCAUGAUUGCCACUGCCCUAAAAACUGCAGUUUACAUCCAAGAAAAGAGAUAGAUAAAAGACUGUUUAGGUGUUCACAGUGUAAGAAAAAAUUUACAUCAAAGAAUGAAUUGAAACUACAUAAGAAGACACAUACUUGUAACAAACCUUUCUAUUGUGCACAGUGUAAGUGCAAGUUUAGUUUGGAGAAUGAUUUAAUACAACAUGAAAAAACACAUGCUAAGAUAAAAGCUUUCCAGUGUGUACAGUGUGAGUGCAGGUUCAAUUUAAAGGAUGACUUGAUGCAGCAUGAAAAGACACAUGUUGUGGUAAAAGUUUUCCAGUGUGCACACUGUAGGUACAGGUUCAGCAAGGAGGAUGACUUGAUAGAACAUGAAAAGUCACAUGCUAAGGUAGAAUCUUAUCAGUGUACACAGUGUGAAUUAAGAUUUACUUUAGAAAAUGACUUUAUACAGCAUGUGAAGAUGCAUGCUAGUGACAAAUCUUUCAUUUGUUCACAGUGCAAGAUAAAGUUCACCACAUUGUCAGAAUUAAAACAACAUGAGAAAAUUCACACAGAUGAAAAGGGUUUUGUGUGUUUAUACUGUGAAAAGAAAUUCUCUGUGAAAUUGGACAUGUUAAGGCAUAUGAAAAGAAAUUCUGGUAGGAAGCAGUUUAAAUGUACAUACUGUGAUAAAAGUUUCAAGGCAAAGUGCAUUCUCAGAAUACAUGUAAGAAUCCACCAAGGUGAGGAGCCAUUCCAUUGUACUUUGUGCAAUAUGAAUUUCAUUUGGAGGUCCCAGCUAGAUCAUCAUAUUAAGAAUCAUGGAAAUGAACAAAAUACAGAACACAUAGAUAAGUCAACCAUAUUGUCUUUGAUACGAGAAUAUAAAAAGAAUGGUAGAAACAGAAGAAAAUCUAAUCAAAGGCAGCAGCAUCGUCCACAUGCAAUUAGGCAGUAUAAUCGUUCUCAUGCAGGCAGGCAGCAGCAUCUUCCAGUAGUUAGGCAUCACAUGGUGACAAGGUCCUCAUCCCGGCAAAAAGCAGGCUUGGCUGUUGCAAGUGAAUCUCCUCUAAGGGAGGGUAAAUCUCAAAGAGAAUUUAAAGAAUGUCUCACAGAUGAAGAUUGGGCUCAAGAAGCUCAAGAAGCAAUUGAAUACCUUUCAAAGGAAGGGUGGCUGCAGGAAAAAUAUCCCCUUAUUAGUGAAUUUCCCACAGAGGGAAGUUGGGAUAUAGAAGCUCAUGAGGAUGUUGAAUUUUAUACUCAGGAAGACUGGCUGCAGCAUAAUUUACCUGCUGUUGGUGAACUUCCUAUUGAGGAAGAUUGGGCUCAGGAAGCUUCUGUUACAAGAGCAUAUUCAGUAGAGGGAGGCAGGUUACAAGAAGAGCUUUCUUUUGUCAAAAAAUCUCCCACAAUGGAGAGUUGGCCUCAUCUUAUUAGUGAAUCACCCACAAAGGAAAGUCAACUCGAAGAAAACUUUCUUGCAAGAGAAUCUUCCAUACAGGGAGGUCAGUCUCAAGAAAACCAUCCUACUGGAAAAUCUCCCACACAGAAAGUUCAUAACCAAGAAAAUCUUCAUGCUGAAAAAUCUCCCAUACAGAAAGAUAAUCAAGAAGAGCAUCCUCCUGCAGAAAAUCAGUUUCAAGAAAAGCUUCGAACUGAAGAAUUUCACCUACAGGAUGAUUAUGUUCAGGAGGAUCUUCCUGCUAGAGAAUCUUCCAUACAGAGAGACCAUGUUCAAGAAAAUCUUCCUGAUGAAGAAUAUCACCUACAGAGAGGUUAUGUUCAGGAAGAUCUUCCUGCAAGAGAAUCUCCCAUACAGAAAGAUUAUGAUCAAGAAUAUCUAUCUGAUGAAGAAUCUCACCUACAAAGAGGUUAUGUUCAGGAAGAUCUUCCUGCUAGAGAAUCUCCCAUACAGAAAGAUUAUGAUCAAGAAUAUCUUCCUGAUGAAGAAUUCCACUUACAGAAAAAUCCAUUUCAAGAAAAUCAUCUUCCUGCUAGAAAAUCUCCCAUGCAGAAAGAUCACCCUCAAGAAAUUCUUCCAGCAAGAGGAUCUCCUUUACAGAAAGAUCAGAUUCAGGAAAACUGUUUGACAAGAGAAAUGCCCAGAAGAGAAGGUUCGCUGCAAGAAAAGUUUUCUGGUGCUACAGAAUCUCCCACAAAGACGAGUGGGAUAAAGGAAAACCUUUCUAGUGCCGCUAAAAGAAGAGCAUCGCAAACAAAGAAAGAUCAAGGUCAAGAAAACUGCAUUACAAGAGAAUUUUCUACAAAGAAAGUUUGUUUGCAGGACAAUGUACCUGUUGGGAUAAAGGCAAAGGAUAACUUGCGGAUAUUCAUAUCAAUUCUGAUAGAAAAUUUAGAGUGGUCUCUAAAGAAUAGGUAUGUAAGAAGGAAGCGGAGAUCUCAGACAGGCCGUCUUUGAUUACUAUUGAAAUUUGGACUUUUAGGGACACUCAUAGGAGAUAUAAUCACUGGAAACAAUUUAUAGAGAAUUGCAACUUAUAUUAUUUUAUCUGUUUUAUAGUCAGUGACAAUGUUAGUACAAAGAAUUUAUAAUAAAGGUAUUACUUAUUUCA